GAUUCCGUUGUUGGGAGUACCGUUCUGUGUAGAUUCGGGAUGGUACUUAUUAAAGAAUACCAAGUGCUGUUGCCAUGUUCUGUAGAAGAGUACCAGGUUGGCCAGUUGUUCUCAGUGGCAGAAGCCAGCAAGAACAACACGGGAGGAGGAGAAGGGAUAGAGGUUCUUCGAAACGAGCCGUAUGAGAAGGAAGGGGAGAAGGGACAGUAUACCCACAAGAUCUACCACAUACACAGUAAGGUUCCCAGCUUCAUCCAGAUGUUUGCACCUGAGGGAGCCUUGGUUUUCCACGAGAAAGCCUGGAAUGCUUAUCCAUAUUGUCGUACUAUUGUGACGAAUGAAUAUAUGAAGGAUGACUUCUUCAUUAAGAUUGAAACUUGGCACAAACCUGACAUGGGAACAUCUAACAAUCCUCAUGGUUUGCCUCCUGAAGAGUGGGAGGAGGCAGAAGUGGUACCAAUCGAUAUUGCUGAUCGAUCGCAAGUUGACGAUGUUGACUACAACCCGGAGGAGGACCCAGCUAUCUUUCACUCUGAGAAAACAGGGAGAGGUCCACUGGGGCCUGGCUGGAAGAAGGAACUCCACAACGGUAACUGUCCCUAUAUGACAGCGUAUAAGUUGGUUACAGUUCACUUCCGCUGGUGGGGCCUGCAAGGGAGGGUGGAGAAAUUCAUUCACAAGCAGGAGAAGAGGCUGUUUACUAACUUCCACAGGCAGCUGUUUUGUUGGCUUGACCGCUGGGUGGACCUCACCAUGGAGGAUAUCCGGAGAAUGGAGGAGGAGACACAGAAAGAGCUGGACCAGAUGCGGAAUGAGGGAUCUGUUCGAGGGAUGAAAGCUGGAGAAGACUAGAGACAAUAAUGUAAAGAGGGAAUGGGACUGUCUGAUCUACCAUUAUUUUACCUCCCCAAGUCCCACAUACUGCCCUUCCUCCUGCAGCCAAUCGGAACGUGCCACAUCGCCAAGCCCUUCCAAACAGGAAGUUGUCAGGAAAUGACCAUCUUUAUAUGUGUGAAUGUGUCUAUCUGUGUGUGUGAGUUUUUUUUGUCUGUCUGUUCUUAAUCUAAAUCAUUUGCUGCCAAAUUCUUGGGAUGUUACUUAGCUAAAAUAUAUUAAGUAAAUUAGCUACUUUUUAUAAUUAUUAGCUGUUUUUUAUUUUGCAACCAUCAAUUAUUACUGUACUGUAGUAUGAAAGUGAUUCUCUCAACCCAGUUCAGGUUUAAAAGAUGCAUUUCAACCCUGAUUUUUAGCACUGUAAUUCACUGAUAGCAAAAUAAAUAAGUAUCCCAUUUUUAUCUAAGUAUGGCAUUUCAAAUUUUGGAGAGUGAUAUAAGCUAAGAGGUGAAGUUCAAAGAAUCCAGCUUUGAAAUGAAAUUGUAACAUUUUGCAAUUGCUUCAAUGUGUACAAUUGCAAACAUGAGUGCUGUCUCAUCUCCUCACCAUAGUUUGCACAACCAUAAUAGUACUCUACAAGGUUGGGUUAUUUAAAUUGUGAGUACACAUUUCGAACUAAAUUUAACCUGUGAAAACCACAAGUGGGUUGUUGAGACAACUAUUGGAGAAAAGUGUGACUGUGCAAGUUAGAUUUACAAUAAUAAACAUUGACUG